AGGCCCCUCCCCUGACCCGCGGAGCGACCCAGCCAGUUGACUCCAGCCUGUAGUUGAUACACCACACGGACUUCGGGAGCGGACCUAGAGUCGGAGCCCCAAACGCUGGGACAGGUGACCCAAGGCAGGAGUGGUUCGUGCGGCCCGCCACCGGACCGGAGAUCCCAAGGGUCUUCUCGGGGGCGCUGUCCGUGGCCUCCGCCUAGCCCUGAGGGAGAGAUUGCGGGCCACGCCGGGGUUAACGCGAGCCAAUCCUGGGCUGCGCGUCCGCCCGCCGACCAUCCCCGCCACGCGCGGGUCGCGACUCUCCCCGGAGGACCCGCACACCGGCCCGGGGACGCCGGAGCGGCGCCGCCCCCAAGCCGAUGCCCGCCCGAGAGCCCCCCCAGACCCAUGGCUCCCGGGGGAAUCUGCAGACCCGUCCGCCUGGCCCUGGUCCUCCGCGACUGGUGUCUAGAGGCCCCAAACCCAGCGCUCCCCCAACUGUGUGCCAGCCAACUGUGUGCCAGCCCCAGCCCGGAGCCCACAGGACAAAGCCCAAGAAGAUUGUAUUUGAGGAUGAACUCCCCUCCCGGGCCCUCCUGGGCACCAAGAAGUCUACUAGAGCCGUCCGCGAGAGAUAUAUGCCUAGGCCCCACCCCGUGCCUGACUAUGAGCUUAAGUACCCACCAGUGAGCACUGAGAAGGAUCGGAACCGCUAUGCUGCAGUGUUUCAGGACCAGUACCCAGAGUUCUUGGAGCUCCAGCAGGAGGUGGGAUCAGCACAGGCAAAGCUCCAGCAGCUGGAGGCCCUGCUGAACUCACUGCCCCAACCCCGAAGCCAGAAGGAGGCCCAUGUUGCUGCCCGUGUCUGGAGGGAAUUUGAGAAGAAGCAGAUGGACCCCAGCUUCUUGGACAAGCAGGCUCGCUGCCAUUACCUGAAGGGCAAACUAAGGCACCUCAAGUCACAGAUCCAGAAAUUUGACGACCAAGGAGACAGCGAGGGCUCUGUGUACUUCUGAGCGUCCUGGCAAACAGAUAGAGGGAACCAUCAGAGGGCGGGGCCCUACCCUGCUCUUCCUUCUCUUCUUCCCUCCUUAUCUUUGCUGUUACUGCUACCCCACCUGGGGUAGCCAUAGCCAUGCCUGAUUUUAAAUGCCUUCGCCUUUGAGGCCUAGAUCUGAUGGCCCCUCUUCCAGCAAGGCUUCCCAGAACCUGCAGGACCUCCAUGGAGACCCCACAUCCCAGCCCAUCCCCUAGAAGCAGGUCCCGCUCUCCAUCCCAGUGGAAUAAACAUUUAUUAAAUACCUACUGCCACCUAAAA